UUCACGAGGAGGAGGAAGGAACGUGAGGAACUGUGAUGUUGAUUCUCUUGGAGCUGGUAUCUGGUCGUUGUACUGUUGAUGUUUUGGUGAUUGAUACAGUUCCCCCUUCACUAAAAAAGUUGGGGAAAAAAAAAAUCACCACGUUCCGUUCAAACUUCUGAGGGGGGAAGGGGAAGAGGAAAGGGAAAGGUUUCGUCGCUUUGUCGUCCCACUCCUUUCUGGUUCUGAUGGCUGAUAAAAUCAUCGGCAAAAUGAAUUCUUCGACUUGCCCAUUCUGUGAUUUAUCAGUUCCGUUGUCCGAACUCGAACGGCACGCGGACAGCCACUUCCAGGAUGACGAUGGUCGCCGCCAGCAGCAGCAACUCGCUAUGGAUUUUGAGUUGGCCCAGCAAUUUGCGCUCUCUCCCAACUCACCACCUCGAUCUGUUCCGGGUGAACACGCAGCCAGUGGCCUGCAGUUUGAAACAAUUCCUGGAGAUAAAAAUUCUAUGUGUGGUGGCAGGACUAGAGAUAUUGGAAUGUGUAAAAUGGAGGAAAAGAAAUCUUGCUUGAUUGAUUUACAGACAAGGAGUACAUUUCACAAAGUUGAAGGGGGUUUGAUGGCCUUAUUAAGAAAUUGUUUAGAGUCUGAACCGGGAGACUCAAAAGCCAUUCUGGCAGGAUAUGUUGAUCAUUUCCAAAGCGUGGAGUCAGAGGAUGUUGGAUGGGGCUGUGGUUGGCGAAAUAUUCAAAUGCUUAGCUCUCACUUGAUGGCACAAAGGCCAGAAGCUAGAGAAGUUUUGUUUGGUGGUUCUGUAUUUGUUCCUGAUAUCUCAUCACUCCAGAGAUGGCUUGAGAUUGCCUGGAGUGGUUUUGAUGCAGCUGGUUCUGAUCAAUUCAAUCAUGUUAUUUAUGGUUCAAAAAAAUGGAUUGGGACCACUGAAUGUGCUUCUUUGCGUUCUUUCGGGCUUCGGGCGAGAAUAGUAGAUUUUGGUCCAAAGGAAUCUGAAUCACUUUAUCUAUCAGUCCCAGGUUCAAGUCUGGGGACAAUGCAAAUGAAAACUUGUAAUGGAAGUAAAAGGAAAGCAUUUCAUGCUUAUGGACCAAUGGAUAGAUAUAUGUCUCGUGAUGUUUCCCAAGCAAAGUCUACUGAGAAUGAAAAGGCAAAUUCUUCUAUCAUCCAGCUCGAUGGCACUAUGGACAAAUCAUGUGAUGAUAAUGCAAACAAAUGUAAAGGUCAUCAAGUUCUCAUGGACUUUGUGUGGAAUUACUUUUCUAAUAAUUGUUCAAUCCAAUUUGGCCACCAACGUGUUAUUAUCAGUGAGAAAUCGCCUUUGUACUUUCAGCAUGAUGGACAUUCAAGAACUAUAGUUGGGAUUCAAGUUAAACUUGAGCGGACUGGAAUUCUGCAAUAUAGUCUCCUCAUUUUUGAUCCGUCUCAUAAAACUGCUGCUCUGGAAAGAUCGCUCAGAGAAAAAUUCGGAUGGCAGAGAUACAUUAAAAGAGGGAUUCACACGCUGAAGAAGCCACAAUAUCAGUUGUGUUAUGUUGAUCCUGGAAUUGCCAGUGAAGAGGAGAUGCAGAAUCUCAAGAUUGUCGAUAGCAUAUUUCUUGAAUUUUAGAUGGCCAUUUAAAGCUCCAUGCAACAUCAAGUUACUAUGUUGGUGUAUUCUAUCUUGAGCCACCGAGUUAUUUCCAUUGGCCUUUUUGUUUACAAGGGAAGGCGACGGAUGACAAUUUAGCUGUAUACUUGG